AUGGGGACCCAAAAGCCGCGGAUUCUGCCCUGGCUCAUUUCACAGCUUGACAUGGGACAGAUGGAGGGCGUGGCCUGGGUGGACGCGAACCACACACGCUUCCGUAUCCCUUGGAAGCACCACCUGCGGCAGGAUACGCAGGAAGAGGACUUCCGCAUCUUCCAGGCCUGGGCAGAGGUCAGCGGUGCCUACAAUCCCCAGAAAGAUAAGCCAGAUCCACCUACCUGGAAAAGGAAUUUCCGAUCUGCUCUGAACCGGAAGGAGGUGUUAAAGGUAGCUGAGGAUCACAGCAAGGACCCCCUGGAUCCCCACAAGAUCUAUGAGUUUGUGACUCCAGGAGUUAGGGACUUUGCUGAGUUGGACACUUCUCCAGACAUCAAUGACAAAGGUAGUACCUCGGAUAUCCAGGAAGAUAUCCUAGAGGACUUACUGGAGAACAUGGCCUUGGCCCCUGGGGGGUCCUCGGGCCUGCCUGUGGCCGCUGAGUAUCCCCCUCAGGUCUUGCUGAGCGUUAACACAGACGUUAACGCAGAGGUCUUUGCUCCCUGCCCCAACCUGGAAAACCCACUGAAGCAGCUGCUGGUCCCUGAGGACGAGUGGGAGUUUGAGGUGACAGUCUUUUACCGGGGCCGCCAAGUCUUUCAGCAGGCUGUCUUCUGCCCUGGGGGGCUUCGGCUGGUAGGCUCAGAAGCUGUCGACACGAUGUUGCCUGGGCAGCCAAUGAUGCUGCCCGACCCCGGGGUGAUCCUGACCGACAAGUUGGUGGUUGACUACGUGAGGCGCAUACUGAGGUCCCUGGGUGGGGGGCUGACUCUGUGGAGGGCAGGGCAGCGGCUCUGGGCCCGGAGGCUGGGGCACUGUAGCACCUUCUGGGUCUUGGGAGAGGAUCUGCUCCCCGAUGGUGACAGCCCGCACAUCGAGGUCCCCAAGGACGUGGGAGAAGUUGUGUUCGACCUGGGACCUUUUGUGACAGAUCUCAUUGCCUUCAUCGGAGGAAGUGGGCACUCGCCCCGCUACACCCUCUGGUUCUGCAUCGGGCAGUUGUGGCUUCAGGACGAGCCAUGGACCAAGAAGCUGGUGAUGGUCAAGGUAGUUCCCACAUGCCUCCAGGUUCUGCUAGAUAUGGCCCGGGUAGGGGGCGCCUCUUCACUGGAGACGGUGGACCUGCACAUUUCUAACAGCAACCCGCUCUCCCUCACUUCAGACCAAUACAAGGCCUGCUUGCAGGACCUGGUUGAAGACAUGGAUUUCCAGGUUGCUGGGGAGGUCUGA